ACUGGUGGGUGGCACUGGUGGGCAGCACUGGUGGGUGGGUACAGGUGGGUGGCACUGGUGGGCACAGGUGGGUGGCACUGCUGGGCACAGGUAGGUGGCACUUCUGGGCACAGGUGUGUGACAUUGCAGAGUGGCACAGGUGGGUGCACUGCUGGGCACAGGUGGGUGCACUGCUGGGCACAGGUGGGCGGAACUUGCGGGUGGCACUGCUGGGCACCGAUCAGCAGGGCACUGAUCAUCAGUGCCCUGAUGAUCGGUGCCGAUCCCCGCUCUGACAACUGCCGGUUCUCGGCAGUACUUUCCUCACGAUCUGACAGCGUGAGGAAAGUGCAGCCGAGAACCAGCACUUGC